AUGCGCGUCCCUGGCUCAAUCGCGCUUCUCGCUGGGCUGCUGUCUGGCACCGCAGCCGCUCCUUCCGACUACCCUGUGGACGUCGUGCCACGCGCACUGCCCAAUGCCCCCGAUGGCUAUACGCCCGCCAAUGUCUCCUGUCCGUCGAACCGCCCGACCAUUCGCAGCGCCGCCUCGCUGUCUCCCAACGAGACGGCCUGGCUGCAGGUGCGCAGGAACAACACCGCCAAGGCGAUGAGAGAUUUCUUCGGCCAUGUCAGUGUGGGAAACUUCGAUGCUGUCUCCUACAUCAACCGAGUCGCGAAUAAUGCCUCUGCCCUGCCCAACAUUGGCAUUGCCGUCUCCGGUGGUGGCUAUCGGGCCCUGAUGAACGGGGCCGGCGCCAUCAAGGCCUUUGACAGCCGCACUGACAAUUCCACGAGUCCCGGCCAACUGGGCGGCUUGCUCCAGUCCGCGACCUAUCUGGCCGGCCUCAGCGGUGGCAGCUGGCUGCUGGGCUCCAUCUACAUUAACAAUUUUACCACCAUCUCCUCGUUGCAGACCAACCAGCCGGGUCAGGUGUGGGAGUUUGGCAAUUCCAUCUUCGAAGGCCCCGAUGGAGGCGGCCUGCAACUUUUUGAUUCCGCAGACUACUUCAAGACUAUUGCGGACGAGGUGCAGGGGAAGUCUGACGCGGGCUUUCCGACCUCGAUCACCGAUUACUGGGGACGUGCUCUGUCCUUCCAGCUCAUCAACGCCACCGACGGCGGUCCAAACUACACGUGGUCGUCGAUCGCGUUGACUCAGGACUUCCAGAAUGGAAACAUGCCCCUUCCCCUGGUUGUCUCCGACGGCCGCAACCCGGGCGAGAAAAUCGUGGGCAGCAACUCAACCCUGUAUGAGUUCAACCCGUGGGAAUUCGGCUCGUUCGACCCGACAGUCUACGGAUUUGCGCCUCUGGAGUUUCUGGGCACCAAGUUCAACGGAGGAGUCGUGCCGGACAACGAGAGUUGUGUGCGCGGAUACGAUAAUGCCGGCUAUGUCUUUGGAACGUCGUCCACCCUGUUCAACCAAUUCCUGCUCCACGUCAACUCGACCAGCCUCCCCAGCUUUUUGAAAUCCAUCUUCACCAAGAUCUUGCAGGACGUGGGCGACCAUGAUGAGGACAUUGCACUGUACAUCAACCCGUUCUACAAUUACACCAAGAAUGCCGGUGUCGUCUCCAACCAACAGGAGCUGAACCUGGUCGACGGAGGGGAAGAUCUUCAGAACAUUCCUUUGCACCCUCUGAUCCAGCCGGAACGGCAUGUCGAUGUGAUCUUCGCCGUGGAUUCGUCGGCCGACACCGACAACAGCUGGCCGAACGGGACCGCUCUCGUCGCAACCUACGAGCGGAGCCUCAACAAGACUGGCAUCGCCAAUGGCACGGCCUUCCCCGCGGUGCCGGAUCAGAAUACCUUUGUUAAUCUGGGCCUGAAUACCCGGCCGACGUUUUUCGGAUGCGACAGUAAGAACCUGACGGGUCCCGCGCCUCUCGUCGUCUAUAUCCCCAAUUACCCGUACGUGACCUUUUCGAAUGUCUCGACCUUCGACCCGUCGUACAACAACUCGCAGCGGGACGCCAUCAUCCAGAACGGGUACUACGUGGCGACUAUGGCCAAUGCGACCCGCGACAAGAACUGGCCAGCCUGCGUGGGCUGCGCCAUCCUCAGCCGUUCACUGGAGCGAACGAACACGGCAGUGCCGGACAUCUGCAACCAAUGCUUCAAGACAUACUGCUGGAAUGGAACGGUCAACAGCACUACGCCUCCGCCAAUACGAUUCAUCUCUCUAACAGCCAUGGCUCGCGCCGCAGUCAUUCCGCCGUCCCCUCCUAAACGAGCGACACGGGCGAGGACUCGAGUCGCCGCCAACGAAGCCGCCGACGAACAGAAUGCCAAUUCGACAAAAUCCACAACAACAUUGAAGACACAGAAAGCGGCAGGGGAACCAAGCAAAAGGGGGAGAAAACCAGGCAGCGGCAAAACGGUGACGGUGACGACCGUCGUCGACGCGCCCGAAGCCAAAAAGAGGCCCGGCCGGAAACCGAACAAUAAUCCAGACGUCGGCGCCAUGGACGAGGAGACGGAUGAUGAGAUCGGAUUUGAGGCUGUGAAGAAUCCGGAUCUUGCGCCUGCGAAAGCGAGGCCUGGUCGACCUGCCAAGGCUAAAGUGACGAGUAGUGCUCGGACUACGACUGCUACUACGACUACGACUGCUGCCGAAGUGGAGAGCGAUGAUGAUAAGGAUGACAGCGACGAUGACGAGCUAGCUCAGUCGGACGUACCGAAACGAAAGGUUGGCAGGCCGAGGACGAAGCCUGUUACCAAGCCUACUGAGACGACCAAGCCGGAACCUGCAGUGAAGCCAACCAGAGGCCGACCAAGGACGGUGAAGCCGUCUCCUGUCGCCACGGAGGAAACCGAAGCCGAGACAGAAGGAAAGAAAACUAGAGGUCGGCCUACUCUGAAGACAGCAGCAGUAACAGAACCCAAAUCUUGCAUCGCUAUCGCUCCGACUGCUUCGAGUCUUGCCAAAUCGAAACGGGUCGGAGUGGCUGCCAAGCCCAAGAAAGUCACCUUCGCAGAUGUCGAUCCCUCUGAGUCUGAAAAGGAAAAUGUCCCGGCAUCUUCUACAGCUCGAGGUGCAAAGAAGACUACCGCAGCCAGCACAUCGUCCCAGACGGGCCUCAGGGCCAAGCCAGUCCGCAAGGCCGCUGUCGCUUCUUCUGCACGGGGACGACCUCCAAAGGCAUCCCGGCCGGCAGCAGCCAAGCCACUCUCACCUAAGAAGGCCACUCAAGUUGCAAAGUCCAGUUCAUCUGCUAGCUCAGAGGAUGCAGACGAGGAUGAGCUGAGUGGUGCGAAGACCAGUAUCAUGCUGGUUGUCCGGUCCCCCACCAAGAAUUCCUCUGAAAACACGCCUGGGUUAAGCUCUCCGGUGAAGAAGAUUAAUUUCACUGGCAUCACUACUCCAUCUAGGAAGGCAACACAAAAUGAGAACGAUGAAAACGACAUCCUUGCCGUCAGGCCACCCUCAUCAUUGAAGGAUUCCACUUUCAUGGCCAGCCCGGCCCGACGACUCCCUGGAACUCCGGCUAAGGAAACAUUGAAAGACACACCGCGUCGGGGUCCUCUGUUCAUUCCUGAACAAUCAGCUCCCAAGCCGGAAUCAUCCACCCCAACGAAGAUGUCGCCAUUGAAAGCAUCGCCGAAGAAAGCAGGUAACUUGGCUGCAUCCUUCAUGGCGUCGCCGAUGAAAACGUCCUCAUCGACGCCAUUCAAGGCCAAGGUUUCUCUGCUUCAGAGCCCUGCUAAGAGGAUCCAGUCGCCGUUCAAGACGAUGAGUUCGCCGAUGAAGAAGCAAUCUGAAGAAGUCGUGGAGAAGGAUGGCGCUAUGGACACGCAGGUAGAUGCUUCCCGUCCCUUUCGGGCUGAAGGGUCGCCUGGGCAAGUCUACAAGCUCAGCGAUGAGGAAUCUGGAAUGGAAGAGAUGAAGAUGACAAGUAAAGAAGACGACUAUGAUAGUGAUGAUGUCUUCACGGAUCCUCCUGCUAUGACGGUUUCUGAGAACAAUGUCGAGGAAUCUGUGGAAUCUGAGGAAGCAGAGGAACCAGGGGAAUCAGGGGAACCAGAGCAACCGAUGGAACCCCUUCAGGUUUCGAAUGAAGGGGAACAGAUCAUGGAAGAAGAGGACGACGCUGUCCACACUGAACAGGAAGAUGCUGGAGCCAACCCGGAAAUGGUUGACGAUGAGGACGUCGAAAAACCAGAUGAGGAAGGUACUGAGCCUACUGCGAUGGUCCAAGAUCAAGUAGAACAACCAGACCACGAAGAUACUCAACCCAGUAUGGUAGUAAUUGAUGAUGAGGAGGUCGAACAGCCAGAGGAGGAAAAUACUCAGCCCAGUGCGGAAGCGAUCGAUGAUCAGGUUGUCGAACUUGAUCAGGAGGAUGGCCAACCUAGCACCGAAAUCGUCGAUGGCCAACAGCCAGAUCAGGAGAAUGAUGAGCAUAGUCCGGCAGGGGUUAAUGAUCAGGACAUGGAGCAACCUGUUCAGGAAGAGGCUGAACCAGGUACGGCAAGUGUCGAGGAUCAGCACAUCGAACAAUCUGAUGUCGUCGAGCAUGACGAAGUCGAUGUUCAGGUCGACGGUGUGACUAAGAAUGAAGAAAUUGAGCCUCCUGUUGACGCUCCGCAGCAAUGUGAUGGCCCGAGUGAAGUUCCUGAACGGAAAGAGGAUUUCGUAAUUUACACAGAGCAAGAGGAUGAGACGGAAAGCGUCGCUUCCAUUGAUCAACAUUGUGAACUAUCACGUUCACCUGCCCUCUCCUGCACCGGUCAGGCAACGGCAAGCCCGCUUUCUCCCUAUGAGAUUUCGGAAAUGGGUGAAGUAGCGAGUCCAAUCCGCCGUGUGCAGAGUAUUCCCCCUGCUGCACCGUCUCCGCAAAGCAUGCCCUCUUUCACACACCCUUACCGUGAUGAUGCCGAUGACGAGGAGUCGUCCGACGACGAGGCGACCUCGGACGGUAGCCUACGUAAGCGGACAUCUAGUCCGUCUGUCCGUGGUGAUAGCCGUCGAGGAACGCCAAGCUCCAUAUCUAGGCAGCAAGUCUCUGAGAGCAAUCUGGGUUUCACUCCCUUGGCCGCGCAGCUCAACCGGUGGAAAGCCAGCAGUCCUGACAAGCUGCAACGGAGACGUUCUCAGAAGAGGGGUAUCUUCUCGCCCGUCAUUCCACCCCAAUUAGCUAUGAGUCCUGCAAUGUCGAGAUCUCGUUCGCUUCGAAAAAUGAGGCGCUCUCUUGCAGGGAGACAUUCCUUGUUGUCGACGUCUUCUGUUCUUAACUCCGAGAGUGACGGGCACAACCAGGAGGAGCAGGAAGCACGUGCAGAUGAGACCGUCCAAGAGCCAGCUGAACCUGCAGUGUUCGAGGAGCCGUCUGUGGAUCCAACGAAUCAGCAGCAGAACACUGGCGAAGUUUUCGAGGAGAGAGCGGCGGCGCACACUGACUUGGAAGUUCAAGAAGAAAAAGAAGAGGAGGAGGAGGAAUAUGGUGACGAGAAUGCUGCUCCAGCAGAAGCUGUGCAAGCUGAAUCUGUGGCUCCUGCUCCUGAUGAUGACAUGUCAGAGGAAGAUGAAGAGCCUCAGGAGAGUCCGCGUCAGCAUCUUUCAAUGUCGAUUACUCCCGUCAGAGUCACCCGCGACACGCACCGCACCAUCCACACUGUUUCCAAGGUGCCAUUGAAACCCGAAGGCGAGGUGUCGCCCCUGAAGAUGCCCCGGAAACGAAGCAGGUCCCUUUCGAAUGGGCCGACGACCCCUACCCGGACCUCGCCCAGACGUCGUGCCAACGUGGUAACGCGGAGCCAAACUUCGGCAUCCAUAUCUCCUGGGAAGUCGCGGCAUGCCUUGGAAGACCUUGAUCCAGAGGAUGUUCCAACUGACACGGAAGCUGAGGGAGCUCAAUCCAAGCCCGUUUCGACCACUGCAACUCCUGCGAAGACUCCGCGACGGAACAUCACGGCAGACGACCAAGUUCUGCGGGUGCCGUUGUACGCCAGCGGCAUUUUCGUCGAGCUGCUGACCCAGAUGGGUGCGCGCUGUGUCAAGACCUGGUCUUGGAACCCGCGGGCAAGCCAGUCGCCAGACGGGGUUGAUCCAAAGGAAAGCAAAGUGGGCAUUACGCACGUCGUCUUCAAAGACGGUGGGGUUCGGACGUUGGAGAAAGUGAGACAAGCGGGAGAUCUUGUCAAAUGUGUUGGUGUUGGCUGGGUUCUUGAUUGCGAGAGAGAAAACAAAUGGCUCGAUGAGACGCACUACCUCGUUGACAGCUCGAUCAUUCCCCGCGGAGGGGCCAAGCGCCGCAAGAGCAUGGAGCCUCGGGCGUUGAGCAACGUCAACGGGUCUGUGACCUCGUCGGGCAGCAGGAGACGGUCUCGCGUGCCGGCCGACUGGGAGACGAUGGAUCAAUUCAUGCGGCUCAGUCCCAGCACAACACCACCAAACGCCGGCGGCGCGUCUCGCACCCUUGCCGACCCACCCAAGACUCCAGACAACAGCAGCAGCUACGAGUUCAACUUCGACUUUUCGGCCAUGUCCCCCGCGACGCCGUACUACCUGUCCCAGGGCGCGAAGCUAGUCCAGCAGACCUGCCCGCCGAAGCAGACGCAGCAGGGCCUGUUCUCCCCGCUGACUAAGAAGAACGAUGACCAGCCGGAAGCCAACUUGCGAGUCAAACUCGAGGCCGCGAGGCGGAAGAGUUUGGUUUUCAAGCCUAAGAUUGGGAGUCCGCUAGGACGGUAG